AUGUUCAAAGGCCAAUCCUACUGCUACUGGAGCCAGAUGGCUGGACCCAUCACUUCUUACAAGUGGAUCAUAGGCUGUGGGCAAUGCAACAAGCAACCACACCAUGGUGGCAGAGAUGUCAACAAGAUCAGCAAUGUCACUGCCAUCUGUGCCUCCCUCAGUGGGGUGCUCAUGCCAGUGUGGCUGAAGCAGGAGGUGGUGGUGGAGGUGGAGGAGAAGCAGCAGCAACUCCUGCCCAUAAUCAACUGA